AUGGGGAGCUCAGCGGAUGGUUUGAAAAACCGGUCGAUAGUCAUCCAAAAGCCAAAGCCAAAAGCCGAGAUGCUGAGAGUAGAAGCUGAGCGCCGCGCCAAUAGUGACGACGAAUAUCCGUCGGACUUUGAAGAAGAUGAGGAGAGUCCGCCACUCAAGGUAGAUAAGCAUGACUCUCGGGUCCGUGAUGGUGGAGGGAAGAGGGAGGAGAAGAACACGUCAGCUCAUCCCAGAAAAAAUCCGAGUGUAUUGACUGGUCGUCGCGCGUCCAACUCGCCACCGAAACGUCGGGGACAUGUCCCGACUUCGUCGCAGCGUGCACGGCGACGUCGAUCCACAAGGACGGUUGGGAAGAAUCUUUUGCAUCUCCCAGAGAAGUUCCUCAGUGGCGGACUCGAGCUCGUCGACCAUUCCGAAUGUGUGAAAACAAUACUACUGAAGAAACUCAAGGGAAAGCAACGAUUGUUGGGAAAGAUGUUAGAGUUGGCGCGGACAACAGACUAUGAACGAUUCAAUUUGACAGCUAGAGGCAUGCUUAUCGGCGCAUUCAAGGAUCCAGCUCUGCACGACCCGGAGGAGCAGACUCGCAUUAUUCAUCUCAGCACAGUUGCGGUCAUAUUGGAAAACGUGAGAGAUCGGACUAUGUCGUCCACUGUUGUUGCUGGUUGA